AAUUUGAAAAAGUAUUGACCUUGAAAUUUUGAAAACUAAAAGGCUGUCAAACGUGCUAUAAUUCUGAAGAAAACAAAAAAGAGAAAUAUUAAAAAUGUAAAUUAGUAGACAUUUAUGCAUAAAUUACCAAAUAAAACCGUAAAUAGGCAGUUUUAAAAGUAGAACAAAUUAAAAAGCACAAAAUAUUGAAAACAAAAAAGUUAAAAAAUUGUUUAAAAACUAAAGUUUUCAUAAAAAUACAAGAAAAAUGGCAAAAUGUAUAGUUCCAAGUUGUAGAAGCAUUAAUAGAGAGUUAUUCUGUUCGCCAGAUGAUAAAAAUAAGUUAAGGAAAUGGCAGCAAAUACUUCAAGUUAAUCAAUCUAGUUUCUUAGUUUGUGACAUACACUUCGUAGAUAAAUAUAUCAGAUUUGAAAAGUUUAUUACUCAAGAUGCCUUUCCCUCAAUAUUAGUAACACCUGAAGAAUAUUGCAACGAUGGAAAUAAUAAUUAUUGCCAAAGCUGCUUAAAAGUGUUUGAAGCGAGCAGCACAAAAAUUUCAGUAAAUGAAAAGAUCCAGAAGAUGUUUUUCAAAAGAACAUCAUUUGAGAUAACGCUGAAUUCAUUCCUUUGUGACGUUUGUCAUGCGAAAUUUGUGGAUUUUGAGACAUUUGUUUCUUCAAUAAGAGCCAAACAUGAACUUAAGAUGUCAUCAGGUGUCACUAGAAUCAAAAGUGAGCAGGUAGACUUGGAUGAUGAUGACAAUGAGUGCCCAGAGCUAUAUCCAAUUCAAAAUCUAGAGAUUACACAUCAUGAUAAUGAUGAUCCAGAGAUAUUAAAGGAAGUACUUGGACGUCAUGAGAUAGUUCGACAGCAAACAACUCCACUAAAUGGUAAUGCUCAAUCACGUCAUCCAAAGAUACAGACUUUAAAGAUUCAAUCUGGAAGACGCACAUCAUUGUUGGUUCCAAAAAUUCAAGAAUGUGAUGAAUCUGAGCAAGGCAGCAGCAGUAAUUUAUCACAGCCAGAGAGUACAAAUUCUCCAAUGGUAAUAAUUCCAGAUUACCGAAGACAUGUUCGGGUCAGCGAAUCAUUAGCUCGCAAAAUAAGAUCCAGAAGUAUUCAUGAGAAGAAGCAAUUGUCACCAGAACUCAAUAAUUCAAUCCAACAUGAUCAUUCAAUUACAAUUAAUCAACAGAAUGUGAAUACAAAGCGUCGCAAUUCAUAUGCCAGCUCUGCUGACAGUGAAGAUACUUCCAAUAAACGUUUACGUGCUCAAUUCCAAGAGAAUCAAAGCAUUCCAUGUGGCUACUGUCCAAUGCAUUUCGGUGAAAUUGAAACAUUAAAGUUACAUCUUGAUGAGGUGCAUAAAUCGUCACCAUUAAAGGCAUACGAUAAGCCUGAGAAUUUCCGCUGUACAGAUUGCAAUGAAGGAUUUACAUCGUAUUAUUAUUUAAGGAAGCAUAAAGAUUGUUGUGAAUACUCGCUGCGCUUUAAAUGCUCACAACAAUAUUGUCGAUUCCGUGCUGCAACUGUUGAUGAAAUUAAUAAUCAUAUGCUUGAUGCUCAUUUCAGUCAAACUAGAUGCAAAGUAUGUAAGUUAGACUUUGAUUCUCAAGAGCUUUAUAAAAUCCAUGAAAUUCAGGAACAUAGCAAGAAGGAACGUGGGAGAAAACCAAAAAUUGAAGUUAGACCUGAUUAUGAAUUAAAAAAGAUUCUAGCACAUGGUGAAUCAAGUGAGGAUGACAAAAAAGUUCAAUGCCUUCAAUGUUCUGAACUUAUAUCUCCAGAAAUGCUGUCAUUUCACAUUAAGCAACAUUUAGAUGAAAGUAAUUAAAUAUCAAUUUAAUGAAAAUUCCAUGUGAUUCUUACUAUCUCUGUUUAAAUAUUUGUUAAUGAACAAAAAAUGAUCAAUUUUAUGAAUAAAAGUUACUAAUUUUUUAAAAUCUCGAAAAUUGAAGGUCAAAAAAAAGUUCUUUGCCCCUUGGACUAAGCAC